AUGUAUUUUGGAGCAGUUGCCCUUAUUCUCUUUUCACCUCUGGCCGCAUCUUUGAUAGAGUAUGUCAUAGCUUUCUUUAAAGUGGGCUAUGCCGAUGCCCGAUUCACCUAUCACAAAAUGUAUGAGGAACAGUCGUAUGUUAUUGACCAUCACAGUCCUUUAAACUACAUACUCAUCUAUUCCAUGGAGACAAUGAAUGGUCAUUACGCCAUUGUCUUUAAUAUUUGCCCGGAUGUCUGGCUGGUUGCCUAUGCCAUACAAUUGUGCAUGCAUUUCGAUUAUGUAUCCCGUUCUCUGGAGAGUUAUGAACCCGUGGCCGCAAAGUCAUCAACAGAUUCGAAAAUGAUUGCCAGUUUGGUAAAGAAACAUCAAAUUUUAUUGGAAAUGGCCGACGACUUGAAGGAAAUUUUCAGUUUACUCGUUUUGGUCAUGCUUUUCUCUACGGUGGCUACCUUAUUUUGUGCUGCAGUAUAUUUACUUACCGAGGGACUGGGUAAAGAUGUCAUUGGAUAUUUGGCAUUUUUACCCACAAGUUUGGGACAAUAUUUUAUGGUAUGCUACUAUGGUCAGCAAAUAAUAAACAAGAGUUUGGAAAUAGGAGAAGCUGCUUAUAGCCAAACUUGGUAUAAUGGGUGUCAAAGCUAUAAGAAGUCCAUACUGGCCAUACUAGGGCGAUCUCAACGUCAGUGCGAAAUAAACGCUGGAGGUUUUCAAACAACAAACCUAAAGGGUUUCGAAUCGGUUAUGCGCAUGACUUUCCAAUUGUUUACCCUUUGGAGGACAAUGAUGGAACCGAACUAAGAAGCUUAUUUCAUUAUUAUAAACCAUUAAAAAUAUAAUUUAUUUCAGUUAGCUGUACGGAUCCCUGUGAGGUUGAAGUAAACUUCAGAUCUUAAAUUUUGAGUUCAGCAAAUGUGUUUAACACUCUGUAGAUGGUGAAUUUUGACAAAUUGUGAAAUUAGUAUCUGCACUUAUCAAA